UGGACAAAAUAAAUAAUGAUGCAAUAUAUUUUUCAAGUGAUGUAUUUUCGUGAAAAUUCACUAGUCAGAGAUAUAUAAAUAUGGUGUCCAAAAAUAUUAUCCUUUCAAGUUCAGAACUAAUAACUGCUUCUGACUAAAUGUUUGUUUCAGAAUCAACAGACCUCGGAUACAUUACUUAAAAAUUAGUAUAGUAAUGGUAUUUCGAAGUAUUUCAUCAGUUACUACUAUUGUCGAUUACUACUCAAUAAUACAUUAAUAUAUUCAAAAUGUGUGAACCUAGAGAAUCACUAAGUUCCUUUGUCGAUAAAACUGAUCGAGAACCUGAGUUUGAUAAAAUACUUGGAAGAAAUGUUUUGGUUGCUCCUUCUGAAGAACAAUAUGAUUUACUAUUGAAAAGGCUGAAACAGCAAUUGGGGGAAGGACGAGGAGAAGUAAUUUUAGAGAUUGGUGGUUCGGAAGAUGGUAAUGAGAAUGGACUUCUUGAUGAUGAAUUGGAAGCAGCAGUAGCUACAUUGCAAUCUCUGGCAAACACUCUCGAAUGUAGUUGUGUGAAACUAAGAGAACGAAAAGAGCUGCGAGGAGUUGUUGUUCAAUAUUUGAUUCGUAAAGUUUUGGAUCAGUCUGAUUUCUUGGAAAUUCGUGUUGCUGUUGUUGGCAAUGUUGAUGCUGGAAAAUCUACCUUAUUAGGAGUUUUAACACAUGGUGAUUUAGAUAAUGGCAGAGGUCAUGCCAGACAAAGGCUUUUCAGGCAUAAGCAUGAAAUGGAAUCUGGGAGAACUAGUUCUGUGGGAAAUGAUAUUUUGGGUUUUGAUGAAGAAGGCAAUGUUGUUAAUAAACCUGAGCAUGGUUCCUUAGACUGGGUGAAAAUAUGUGAGAAAAGUUCGAAGGUGAUCACUUUUAUUGAUCUUGCUGGACACGAAAGAUAUUUGAAAACAACUGUUUUUGGAAUGACUGGUCAUGCUCCAGACUUCGGUAUGCUAAUGGUAGGUGCAAAUGCUGGAAUAAUUGGCAUGACUAAAGAACACCUAGGGUUAGCUUUAGCACUCUCUGUGCCAGUAUUUGUUGUGGUUACAAAAAUUGAUAUGUGUCCGAUGAACAUCCUACAAGACAACUUGAAGAUGCUGGUGAGGAUAUUGAAGUCUCCUGGUUGUCGAAAAGUACCUGUCAUGGUUAAAACUGCUGAUGAUGUUGUCUUGAGCGCAACUAAUUUCGUAUCUGAAAGACUAUGUCCGAUUUUCCAAGUAUCAAAUGUGACUGGUGAAAAUUUACAUUUGCUGACUACCUUCCUUAAUCUCUUAACUACUAGAAUGGAGUAUCAUGAAAAUGAACCAGCAGAGUUUCAGAUUGAUGACACGUACUCUGUUCCUGGUGUUGGAACCGUAGUAUCUGGAACAACUCUGAAAGGGGUUAUAAAAUUGAAUGAUACUCUAAUGUUGGGACCUGACCCUCUGGGACAUUUUCAACAAAUUGCUGUGAAAAGUAUACAUAGAAAAAGGAUGGCUGUUAAAGAAGUUCGAGCAGGACAGACAGCCAGCUUUGCCUUGAAAAAGAUCAAGAGAUCACAAAUUCGUAAGGGUAUGGUAAUGGUUUCACCCUCAUUGAAUCCUCAAGCCUGUUGGGAAUUCGAAGGAGAAAUUUUAGUUCUUCAUCAUCCAACCACCAUAAGUUCGCGUUAUCAAGCCAUGGUUCAUUGUGGAAGUAUAAGGCAAACUGCUAGUAUCAUGAGUAUGUCAAAGGACUGCUUGAGAACGGGUGAUAAAGCGUUGAUUCAUUUUAGAUUCAUCAAACAUCCCGAGUAUAUGACAUCUGGGCAAAGAAUGGUGUUUCGAGAGGGGAGAACGAAAGCAGUUGGUAAUGUAGUGCGAAUAAUUAACCAAACAACACCGACACAUCAAGGAAACCGUGUCAAACAAAACAAACCACAAAAAUAUGGAAGUGGUCAAUCAUCACAAAGGAAUGUUCAUCAGUUGAAUCGAAAUGAAAAUGUACAAGAGUUUUCAGAAGUGGAAUCAGCACAAGAGAACACGUUGGAUGUAUCAGCAGACAAACGAGAGAUUUCAAUUCAUAAAUCUUUGAUUAAGAAAGGACGUAGUCGUAGAGGCGGAAGAGGCAAGCCACACAAUUCAAAUCUGUCUGUUGUCAAACCCCUUCCAGAUGUUACUAAUAUCACUCCAUUAUCGGCUGCGAAUAGAAAUCAAACGAAAGUGCAAUAAACAUGAAAAUUUUAUGUUUCUUAACUCAAUAGAUCCAAUUAUUUUAUAAUAUUAGUAGGUAAAUCAGGUAAUAUGGAGUGUU